CAAGUGACGUCACUUCCGCACACAAUGCUCGUCCAGUCGAGUUGCCGUUGCUAACAUUUCCGGUACGAACUCCGCAAGUUUCAUUCGCAGCAGAUUUUCGUUGUUGACCACACGACACACGGAGAAACUGUUGGCGGUCAGAAGAGGGAGACAUGGAACAACAUCCAGCUUCUGUUUCGGAGGAAUUGAAGCAAUUUGUUGUACAUGGCGCUCCAUCUACAGUGUAUUACAUCCCAGGUUUCAUAUCUGAAGAUGAGGAGUCUUAUCUCCUGCAACAGAUCUAUAAAUCACCUAAACCUAAAUGGACCCAGUUGUCUGGCAGAAGGCUUCAGAACUGGGGGGGGUUGCCACAUCCCAGAGGCAUGUUGGAGGAAAAGAUUCCUGCAUGGCUUCAUAGAUAUUGUGAGAAAGUGUCCUGUUAUGGUGCAUUCAGUGGGAAAACGGCUAACCACGUGUUGGUGAACGAGUAUAAACCAGGAGAGGGGAUUAUGCCACAUGAAGAUGGUCCUCUGUACCACCCGACAGUCACCACCAUCAACUUGGGCUCUCACAGCCUCCUGGACUUUUACAAACCCAUCACCCAGCUGGACGGCGACGCCGUGCUGGCAGAGGGUGAUCGCUAUCUUUUCUCACUGCUCUUGAGGCCGCGUAGCCUUUUGAUACUCCAGGACGACAUGUACCAGAACUAUCUCCAUGGCAUUCGGGUCUGCGAGCAGGACACUCUGACGGACAAGGUGCUGAACCUGACGGCUGCCGGAGCUAAGCCAGGAGAGUUGCUGACCCGAGGAACCAGAAUUUCCUUGACCAUUCGUUAUGUGCCCAAAGUCUUGAAGACAAAGCUUAUUUUUGGACGGAAAUGAAGUUCCGUACUUUGACCUGCACUUAACUAUUCCAUCAAAAAACUGAACAUCAUUGCUAAGUAAAUCAUGUCAAUUGUCAAAUCAGUGGAUCAGCAUUUUUUUUUUUUUAUAAAUAGGGGCGUUGCUAGGGAUGUAAUCAUAUAAUUUGCUAUGAUGAUGCAUAUAUUUUCAUUUAAAGGGCAAAACUAUACAUUUAAAACAAAUCGGUGUUAUUAUUAAUUAUAGUAUUAACAUAUAUUUUUUCUUACAUAUUUUGCUUUAUUUGUCAAUCGUUACUGCUUACUGUACUUCAUUGAACAUUUUUUUUUCUAUAGAUUUCUCCAAUUUUUUUAGUUACUGUACUCUUUCUUUAUUAAAAACA